ACUCGGUAAUAUGUCAUUUGUUUAGACAUUGACAGAAAAGGCACGAGUGUCUGAUUCUUGCAAGUGUCACAUACGUAGCGAAACAUGUUUUAUGAGGACUAUGUUGGCUCAAAAAUAUAUAUGUGAUUCAUUGUCGGCAAUUUUUACACGUCACAUGUUUUCUUUGAAAAGACGUAACGCACGAAUUUGAUGUACAUUAAAACUGUUGUGCACUGGGAAUUGUACCUAUUUUACAGUCGAAUCGUCCUGUUUGCAUCUUGAUCUGCUUUUUAAUUUGCUUAACAUGUAAUUAAGAAUAGUUUUAUUUAAAGCUAAUGCUGGGUAAAUGAUUGCAGAGAUAAAUAUUGUCAUAUGCGUUUUUUCCGCACUCGAAAUACUUGUGACAAGAUCAGCGCAAACAAAACUGACUAUUGUCAAAAAUUUGAUUUGUAAUUUAAUCAAAACAAAAGACUAUUUGUAGACUUGCAGAAUACUUCAUAUGCUUUUCCAAACAGUUUCUGUCUUAUUUUUAUUAUAAUUCAUAAUACUCGUCAAUAUUAGAAAUUGUGUAGAUCUAUCCAAAAUAUAUCACAAAAGUGGUAAUUUUCGAGUCAUACCCAUUUAAUAAUAGUCUGUGUAUACAUACAUACGGUUUUAUGUUGACCUUAUAUUUUCGUGUAAAUAAAAAUGUUGAACAUUUAUCUUUAAUUAGAAACCAACACAUAAAUUAAAACACACAACUUAUUUUUGAUUGGCCUACACGCUUGUCAUUGUAAGAGUAAACGACAGCUGGUGACUGUGACGUAUAUAUCGCGACAAUAUCAAACUAUCGGUUUUUUGUUUGAAGUUGUUCAAAGUGAAAUGCGGGCAAAGCGUCAAACGGGAAAGAUCUUCUUAAUGGGUAGUAUGUAUAUGGAAUACUAAAGAAGUGUUUGCUUUUGAAAGCGUAAACAUGGCGGAAGGAGGACAUUCGUCACUAAGUGUGCUCGGUGCCUCUGAGGAAAUUUAUGAUUACAACUGUUCGUCGUGCGAAGAAUCUGGAGUUCACAAGGAAGCACAUAAAUACUGUGAUAGUUGUAAUCUAUAUUAUUGUAAGAAAUGUCUCGGCGAACACAACAAAUUUCCGGCUUUAAGAGGACACCUGAUAAAAGAUGUGACCUCACAACCGAAACAGAUUGUUCAAACUGGGACACAUGGCGUAUCCGUAACAGCGCCACAAGUUGAGCCGUGUGAGAACCAUCCUGAAGAAAUGAUAAAGAUGUUCUGUGGUGAACAUGAUGCUGUCUGCUGUACUGUGUGUAUAGCACUCGAUCACAGGGGGUGCAAAGAUGUUCACUACAUUCUUGACCUAGCUAAAGAUAUCAGAAAAGAGCAAGAAUACAUCGACUACAUGAAUGAGGUGACAAGAAUCAAAACCGUGUACGAAGAUGCUAAGGAGUCCAUUCAAGAUGAAAUAAAGAAGAUGAGUGUUGUAAGAACGGAAAUUAUACGUGAAAUAAAAGAGUACAAAAAAGAAUUAAUUUCAAGAAUAGAAGAGCUUGAGAGCAAAUCGAUUGAGGAUGUGAAUGAAAGGUAUAGAGAAAAUACAGAACAAAUGAAUGCAACUGCCAACCAAAUAGAUGAAUCAUUGGACAAAGUAACAGAGCUUGUGCGAGAGAUAGAUAUUUUGAGCGAGUCACAAGUGUUUAUUAAUAUUAAAAGAAGAGUUAUUGAAGAAGAAGAAUAUAUGAUUUUCACAAAAGUUCUCAAUAUUGAAGGACUAAGUUUUUCAUUAGACGAAAGUAUUAGAAAUAGUCUUGAUAACGUCGACGGACUAGUUACUGCUAACUUUCCUGUCAAAAUACUUUCAACUGAAGUGUAUGAUAUUAUAACUGUCGAUGAUGACGAAGACAUUGACUAUAGUGUUCAUGAUAUGGUUAUUUUAGACGAUGACACUAUCGUCAUGACAUGUAAAAACAUUUUAAAACGGUUUUGCAGGUAUUUUGAUGAGUUAGGGAGCACAUCAGUCCAAGGGAAUUCGUGGGGUGUAUGUAAAACUUCAAGGUCAAACAGAUUGGCUGUUACAAUUCAUGACAGGCAAACUAUACAGUUUGUUAAGUACACUGAAGAAACAAUGUCACUGACAAAAUCUUUCACAGUAGGCUGUUCAUGCAGAGGUAUUUGCUGUAAAGAUAGAUACCUAUAUGUUGCAUGUGGUGGUGGGCCCGUUGACAAUGAUGCAGGUCAUAUUAGGAAGUAUGACAUGAAAGGUAAACUUAUCUGUACGAUUGACACUGACAAUACCGGUCGACGGAUCUUCACAUCUCCCCGCCUAAUGACAUUUGACUCUAGCUCAAAUAACAUAUAUAUAGCAGACAAGGACAACGGAAUGAUUGUUCUGGACAGAAAUGGAAAGAUAACGAGCCAUAUGUAUGAUCCUUUUCUGAAUCAUGCUUUUGGUAUAAGUCUAGCCUCUCGGAAUGCCAUUUUUGUGUCUGGUUAUACAUCAAAUAACAUACAACAAUACGAUCAGAAUAAUAGAUUUGUAGGUACAAUACUGAAUUUCACAGAUAAAAUUUGGUAUCCUUUAUGCAUACAUGUAGACGUAUCAAAGAAACAGUUGCUAGUAAGCUUGGAGAAACAUAAUACAGUCCACGUUUAUGAACUUGAAUGUUAGGGAUGUAGCGAGUAUUCGGCCAAAAUAUGCUGUCUUAGUUUAUGCUCAUGUCGGUCGAUCGGCUGUCUGUGUAUCGGUCAAUUAGUCUUUGGUUUCCGGAUGCUUUGGACUAUAUCGAUAAAACUUCACAGGAUAAUCAUAUGUGAUCAGUGAAUGAAUCCUUUUGUGUAGGGAGUCAUUAGGCUAAAGGUCAAGGUCACAUUGACAAUGAGACUGAAAAUGGUUUCCGAUCAAUAAGUGGGGAACGAUUAGGCAUACAGUAUUCAAACGUCAUAAGAUGAUUUCAUGUGAUCACUUAAUGAUUCCUGUUGUUUUGGGGUCAACAGGUUAAAGGACAAGGUCACAGUGCGUGAGACUGAAAGCGGUGUUCGAUCAAUAACUUGAAAAUUCUUUGGUCUAGGAUUAACAAAUCUAUAUGAUGACCAUUGAGGCUGAAAAUAAUUUUCGAUCAAUAACUAGAGAACGCUGAGAAUAUAAUGGCAUCUAUGUCUCUUAACGGAGCCUACUGAUAAAUGUCUACAUUCUUUCUAUUUUAUUCAUAGGCUUAUCCUGUAUAUUUCAAUAAUGCAUCAACCAAUAAUAUCACACAGGUUAUAAGACUGAAUUGAUGAUCAUUAAAUGACUCCGAAAAUAUAUAAUAGUCGGUGUACAUGCAAGAGGAAGAUGAGAAAUACACAUAUCAGGUGCAAUGUUAUAACCGUUACUAAGAUUGUUAUUGACAAUUAUUAUGGCAGACAUCACCUUAAAGUCUUUAGAUUUAAGGUACUCUUAAUGGACCAUUUGCUCUUUCUACAGUAAAGAAUUUUAUUAGUUCCCUACUAGUUGAAAACCAGUUUCGGGGUCUAUAGGAUCUGCCAUUCUGUCAUUUAAAGACCUUUUCCUUUCCGGUCCAGCAGGAUAGUUUAACGUUACUUAGCGAAAAUGUUCUCAAUAAUAAGUCGAUAUGUUUUGCACAACUUUCAGACCCCUAGAUGAAAGGCCAAUGUCACAUUUUGAGGUCAAAUGUUAACAUCGUUUUAACACGUUCUGUUUCGUGUCCGGACCAGAAUUCUGCCAUUCUUUGUGGCAUUAAGAUAGUACGUGUCAGAAAUGUUUCCCAUAGUCAGACGACAUAUCACGCGCAACAGCCAAAAGGUCAAAGUCAAACUUUGAGGUCAGAGGUCAAUAUGAUUCUUUCACUUUCCGGUCCGUAACUCUGUUUUCCAUCAAGAGUUUUUACUUGGCAUAAAUGUUUCCCAUAAUCAAGCAAUGUGUCAUGUACAGUAUCCAGAUCCCUAGCUCAAAUGUUAAGUUUACACUUGGAGGUCAAAAGUUGGCAUUGAUUUAUUCCUAUUCAGUCGGUAAAAUAUUUUAGGUAUCUUUUCCUGCUUUUGUUCUUGGAUGAAUAUUUAAAUAACUUUGUAUGCGUAUUCAUAACAAGCUCAUAUGUCAUAUGGACACAGGUUUAAAAAAAUUCCAUUUGCAAAUACAGGCGCUUGUGUAAAGUAAUUUGUUUAGACGGGCAUAUAUUGUGUCAUAUAUUGUAUUCUUGCACUCUUGUUAAUUUUCAUUAAUGACAUUGCAAAAGAUGUCCAAAGUUUUACUAAGCUGAUUGCUGAUGAUACUUCAUUGUCUUAUUCAUUAUUUCAUUAAUUGCUAUUCCAAAAAUAUUAAUGCAAACUACAGGAACUUAGAAUAUGGUCAGACAGCUAGUAAAAAAAGACCAUCACAAAUUUCUUUGAGUCACAAUCUCAUCUGAAGCAAAGUAGAUAUGUCACAGAUCUUGUAUGAAGAAAGUUGAUGUCUUAAGAAAGCCAAAAUAUAUUUUGAACAGGGUUAUACAUUAGUUUCAUUCUUCCCGUUUUACAGUGUGCUUUAGAGGUAUGUGAGGGCUGCUUUUUCCAAACUAGUACCUUACUACAUUCAUUUCAGUCAGAAAUGGCUAGAAGUGCUUGUAGUUUGCCAAUAUUUUGUGGUGAAGAUAGAAUUUAUUUUGAAUCAGGCUUUGAGCAACUUUCUAUAAGACGGAAAAGGUAAAACCUUGUACAUUCUAUAAGAUGUGUCACGGUAUAGGAGUUGAAUAUUGAAACUGCGAGAAAAUGUGUAGGCGGCCGGGUGGCUCUGUCGGUAGAGCAUCAGGACAUUAUCCCAAGGCCCCGUGUUCGAGGCUUAGUUUGGCGGCACAUUUUUCACCAUGUGACAUUUUGCGCCCGACGUGGUGCAGUGACUUUAUUUACUCUGAGAUCAUGUUCACCUUGUUCUCUGUCCAAUUAAAAAUUCGAAGGCGAACUUCAUAUAGCUGGGGAGUAUUUCACGGUACAGGACUUGAAUAUCACAACGAGGAGAAAAUGUGAGGGGGCCGGGUAGCUCAGUCGGUAGAGCAUCGGAACAUUUUUCUCACCAUGGGACAGAUGCAAUGCAAACUUGUACCUGCCUUUUUAAAAGAGUUACUCCCUGGUCAAGUAAGCGAUUUGUUUGCUUAUCCCUAAAGAAAUAGUGAAAAUCAUAUUCUACCAAACAACAGGCUGACAUUAACUUCCCUGUACAAUAUGGCUAUGGAAUAAUUCAGUAUUAGAUUGUAGUCUCAAACCUUCUAUUUCUUCUUUUAAUACAUUAUAUUACACUCUUAAAAAUCGCGUACCUCAUUUUUUGGCCAGAGAAAGAAAACUGUAUUCUAUGGCAUAUACGUUUGAGAAUCAUUGUUACAGUAGUAAUUUUAACCACAACCCGUAUACUGUAUCUUCAAAGUAGUGCAUUUCUUUGAAGAAAUUAAGAAAACAUUAUAUACUUUAUUAUAUGCGUUUGAUGUUUUCUAGAAUGUCGACACGUACUGUAAAGAAUAUUAUACUUUCUGUAAUAACUAACAACUGUUUUUGUUCAGAUCAUACAUGUAUACUUUUGAUUUAGAAACUAUAUGUAUUUUCUUGCAGUUGCCAUUGCUUUGUUAAUUGUUUGGGAAAGGGUUUUUGAAAUGUUGAUUUAACUUGUGCCCAGUCCAACUGUAUAUAUUAAAUGCAAUAAAAUAUUA